AUGUUUGAUUUGAAGGUGCUUGUGGUUAACAGGUGUUUGGUGGAGGAGUCGGACUUGAAUCGUGCCGAUCGCUCCGCUAGGCUAACUGACAAGCAGUUCGACCCGGUCACGUUCAGCGUACUGAAGGUAGCGGCGGAUGAGAUCGCGGCGCAACUGACGAUUGGUGACUUGCCGAUAUUCAAGGCGAUCAAGCCCGAGGAAUUGACCAGCUGUUCGUGGAACUCCAAGAACAAGCUCAUCGUCGCUCCGAACGUCGUUGCGUUCAUCCGCAGGUUUAAUCACGUUUGCCUGUGGUGUCAAAAAGAAAUACUCUCGCGCCAUAAUACGAAGCUGCGCGCCGAGGUCUUAGCCCAUUAUAUCAAGAUUGCAAAGAAGCUGAUCGACUUAAAUAAUAUCCACUCUUCGUUCGCCAUUAUUUCCGGUUUGCAGAGCAACGCUGUUUACAGACUCACCAAAACGUGGGGAGCGCUCGUCAGCAAGGAUAGGUCAAACUUCGACAAGAUGGCGAAAAUGUUCAGCGAUUCGAACAAUUGGGAGCGCUUGCGAAAAUACAUGGACAACGUGAAAUUGCCGAUUAUACCAUAUCUUGGUCUUUAUUUAACCGAUCUUGUGUACAUCAACGUUGCUCAUCCGUGUUCCGGUGGUCUGGAAAGCAGCCAACGUCAAACGAUGAUGAACAACAUAUUACGUGUAUUAGCUGAUUACCAAAGCUCUGAAUAUGAAUCGCUUGUAAGCAUCGCUUAUAUCCAAGAUUACCUAAAGACCAUUCGAUAUAUCGAUGAACUUCAGAAAUUCCUCGAAGAAGAUUUGUACAAUCUCUCGCUGCAGUUGGAGCCAAACGAGAAUGAGGCGACCGACCGAACCGCCGUGGACAGCUGCAUGCCGGUCUUUCAGACCGGCUUGGUCAUGAACGAGAAGGCACAGCUACGAAAUGCCGGUGGCGUGCACAACGAAACGUUCCCGUUCAUUGUGGACGCCCGCCGACACCUGUUGGACGAUUCAUUGUUGGAAUUCUCCAGCUGCACCGCCUCGUCCGCAUCUUCGUCCAUCCCUCAGGCUGCCAUGAUCUUCGUCUCUUCAGAUUACACCGGCGAUUCCGGCAACGAAAGCGUCGAAGAGGCGUCUAAGCAUUUUCAGAAGGCCAGUACCAGCAGUAGCAGAGAAAUGCUGGCACGCAGCAUGAGUGAUCCUUCCAAAUACUGUCUAAUCGAAGGCCCUUGUCGGAAGAAGACCGUUCUCAAACUUGGUCACAGGCCACGGUACAAAAACGGUCCGAGCAAGAUCAUCGCGCUCAGCGGCUGGAUGGUGGUCAUUGGUGACGAUCCUUUUCAGCCAGAUUCAUUCAUUCUUCAGGAGCUUGUCGGUGGUACGGCUGUUCCUGCAUUGAUCGUUAACUAA